UGCUAACAACAACCUUACUUGGCGCGAUGUAAACUACGAUCAUUUAUGGGCUUUAGAUAGACUUAAUGACCCGGUCUUAUCCUUUGAUGCGGAACUAAGUAAAUCUUCAAUAUGUUAUCGAAGAUGGUCCAAAAUGGCAGUACAAAUAGAAAAUGCGCAUGUCUUAUACAUAAAAGGAUUGGAUUUUGAACCCGACAUUUAGAAACCUAACGUGUACAAGCCGGUCGUUUAUAUGUAAUGUCUGAUGACGAGAAUCAGGGCUGUAUGAAAAUGAAGAUCAUAGAAUAUCAUGAUUACAAGACGUUAAUGGGCCCAUGUUUCGUUAGUUUCAGCGUUCCAUUACUAGUUCCAGGGGUAGUACUUACAGUUGUUGGUUCCUAUGGCAACGAAAGCUCCUUUCCAACAUUUGGUGCCUGGCAUAUUGCCGGAAUUGCGAUUCUAUCUUUUGCCGUACUUUUGCUCAUCUCCGGUAUAGUGCUCAAGUGUUGCUAUCGGCCAGUAAUCAGCGCCGACAUUGAACAGCAUCUAUCACCAACAUCUUCCAUGAUCACCGGAAGUAAAAAUCUCGGGUAUGAAAAUGAUAUUUAUUCAAAAAGUGCAAAACCUAACAAUAAAGUCAGUCAUCGCGACUCGCCUAAUUUACACCGCGUGGUGUCUACUCACGAAUCCAAAACAACGAAUGUUAAAAAAGAAACAAAUAAAACAUGUUCAGAAAAUGCUGCAUUAGAGAGGAAAGUAACAACAAGGAGCACAACACAGCAAAAGGAAGUAGCGGAGGCGAGUUCAAGAACUGCAAAGAAACACAAAGACAGUUCAACGCCACUUGCUCCUCCGCCUUCGUAUGCUGAGCUAGAAACUAAAACAAAACACAAGAAAAGACCAGAACCUAUUGAAACAGCAGAUAGUAAUUUUAGUUUUAGCGUAGAAAGAACAAUGCACGGACAGGUUAAGGUAACAGCCAGUAUUGUAGCGGAAGCAGAGACUGUGAACACUUCCGGGUCACGUGAUCUGUCUAGUGAUGGUGGAACAGAAAAAACAAAGUUCCUUGAAAAGAAAAGAAAGAAAAAGAAAAGACGCAAACGUAGUAGUAAUUUGUCUCAGCAAUCAGUUCCUCCGGACGACGACAUUGACAGCACUUCCGCUGACACAUCCGCGAGACAAGUACUUCCGGAAUUGCGUACGCGCCCUGUUCUAAUUCAUGAGGGAGCAGAGCAUCAUCAUCAUGAUUUACACGUACAUUUUCAAGAACCGAAAGAAGAUUCUAUUCUAGAUAGUACCAUUAACAAUGACAGUACUAAACCGGCAGUGUAAGAACAUGAAGCGUUGGGAUGAUCAAGUAAAUAGGAAAACUUGGGAAUAUUUUCAAAAGGUUUCAAUUGAUUAUCAAUGUCAUGUGUUAGCUUACCUGUAUUUGUUUAAAGGAAGUUGCAAUGACUAAUGAUUUUGUUACAACCUUUUGCUAACUUGAGUAUAGUAUAUUUUUUUUUACUAAUCCGGUAAAACCUCUAGCACUAGUUCGAUACUUUAAGGCUCAAUUUAAUCUGAGCCAUCUUUUUCAUUCUUUGUUUUUAAACGGUUAAAAUGCCACUUGACAAGAAAUAAUGAAAGGGGUGGUGUGGGGGAGACAAAUUGCUUCAUAUCAGUUUUAUUUUAGAAUAAAUUACAAAACUAGACUUUAUUACAUUAAUUAGAUUAUUUUAUCAAGCAUAAUCUAGGCGUUUGCAAAUACUUUAAAUUUAUAUGAAAAACUUUUGGGAAACAUGAAUCUGUGGAGUCGAUGUUGUAAGAAUAAUUUCAGCAUGUUGCCUUAAACUUCUAAAGUAUUGUCUUGAUUCUAUUCAUGUAUAAAAAAUCGCAUUUCAAGGUAUAUGUGCAUAAAUCAUAUGAUUCAAAAUACAAUGUAUUAUAAUGGUUAUAUUAUGUUAAUGCUGUAAAGCCCGGUCUCUGGGAAGAUACUAUUUUUAUAAUCCAAGUAUUAAUGUAUGAUAUAGGUACAUCAAUCGCCGCUGGUUCGGCGAUAUUAUCGUCCGUCAUGUCUGUAACUUCCGUCCAUUGUAUAAUUUGCAUGUGUUUCUGUUUUCUAAGAACUGUGAUUCGAUUUUAUACGCUAUUUUUACAUAAAAUUUUGUUCUAUAUCAAAUAAAAUGUUUUAACUGUU